AUUACUUAGAGACCUUUUUAUUAUCUUGAAUAAAAUAUCUGAAAUGGGUACUCUCCAGCUUAACACUCAUGGCUUAGCUACCCUCUCAGUACCCUAUAAGUUCAACUUCACCAGCAGCUCGCACAAGGCCCUUGGACUCUCCAGGCAUCUCAGCAUCUCUAGAGGAAGAAUCAGAGCUGUUAGCACCGUCCUCGAGAGCGAAUCCCUGGCCAGGGAGCCUGAGGAACCACCUGCAGUUGAUUUUGCAUUUGUUCAUUCUGUUUUGCUCCCAGAUGGUACCCCGGAUGUUCAUUUCCGUAGUGCUUGUGGUGGGCAGAAACUUAGGGAUAUAAUGCUGGAUAAUAACAUUGAGUUGUAUGGACCAUAUGCUAGACCUCUGUUAAACUGUGCAGGAGGAGGGACCUGUGGGACUUGUAUGGUGGAGGUUGUGGAAGGGAAGGAGCUACUCACUCCUCGUACAGACAAAGAGAAGGAAAAGCUGAAGAGGAAACCGAAAAACUGGAGACUGGCUUGCCAAACAACAGUGGGUAAACCAGAUUCAAGGGGACUGCUGGUGAUUCAACAACUGCCCGAGUGGAAAGCGCAUGAAUGGACUUACGAAACAAUAGCCCCUUCAGAGGAGCCUUAACGUACUUAGAAGACCUUUUUGCCUACAGUUAUUGUACAAAAAUUCUUUCAAAUGCCGCCUGCCAUCAAUAAAAUUUUUCUUACUACGAUGAGAUAAGGUGUACUAUUAUGGUUAACUAAACUGUGAAAAUUGGUAUGAAGAAUGAACCAAAAGCAUUGUACCACUACUUUGCUUGCUGCUGGUUAAAUAUUGCAGAGGGUGUCUUCUGCCAGUGCCACACACAAAACACAUCAACUCCAUCAUGUAUUAUACUUAUAUAUAUAGAUAAGCCUUCACAUUCCAAAGAGGCUGUCCCAGCUGGUCAUCCCUUAAUAUGAAUCUUAACAGAAAAGGUCGAUUCCUUCAUUCGUCUAGAUAGGAUAGUCCCCUUGUGUUAGGCGAUGCUGUUCUCCUUUCCUUUAUGGAAUAGGGAUGACACUCCAUUGAGGUCCACUAUCUGGUUCAAUUAUUGCAAGGAUAGGACCAUAUAUACUCCAAAACAAAAAAUAAGCACAGUAAAGCAGACGACAAAAUUGUUCAAGAAAAAAAAAAAAA